AAGAUUCCCUCUCUUCCCUUCCCUCCUCUCAAAAAAGAAAAAAAUACAUACUUUUUUUUAAGAUUUAUUUAUUUGAGAGAGAGAGAGAGAAUGUGCAUGGCACACACAAGUGGAGCAAGUGAAUGGAGGGGCAGAGAAUCUCCCGCAAACUCCAUCUGCACUGAGCUCAUGAUCCAAGGAGGGGCUCAAUCUCACCACCCUGAGAUGAGGACUUGAGCCCAAAUCAGGAGUCAGAUGCCUAACUGUGCCACCCAGGUGCCCUAUCAAAAUUUUUUUUUAAAGCCACAUUUCUUUAAAUAUACAAAUAAACUCUCUCUCGCAUUUGAAUAAAGCAGAGGGAGUGACAGUUCUUUCCUCUAUAUCUCUUCAAAACUCCCAGAUGGAAUCCUAUUCAAAGGAGGACAGAGUUCUGCUGAGAUGAUCUUUCUUAUUUUUCACUUCUAAUCUGAAGUUAAUGAAAAAAAGAAGGAAAGAUUGACCUUCCCCCCAACCACCACAAUUUUUACUUGGCUUGUUUUCAAAGCAUACUGAGGAUGGGGAUUGGAUUGUUGAUCACAAUGUCAUUCGCAUUCUUGGGUCAUUCUAGAUCUGGCUCAGUUUGUAUCAUCACAUCAUGUGACAUGGGGCACUUUUCUUCUUCCAUUUCACCUUCACCCAAACCACAUCCUCAUUCUGCACCUGAAAGUCGGUUGACUGAACAUAUUUGAAAAGUAAAUCCUCUUCUGAGGCGUGAUAUGUUGUUUGUAUUCUGUAAACUCUGUCCUCAAAAUGUCAUCGCAUGCAUCAGCACAAUGCAGAAACCAAUCAUUCCCUGAAAAGUGACCCCAAACAGGCUUCUAGAUGAGGAGAGGACUGUGGUGGGAACCUCUCCUGCAUUCCUAUGCAGAGGAAAGAGUUCUGAGGGGAGAAUAAAUGAAACACACUUCAAGAUGAGAAGAAAAGUAUUCUCCAGAUUUGGGAGUUGUGAACAAAGUUAUCUGACCCUACAUUACGGGAACUAUAAGCCCCAGAAAAGGCAAGUAUUCUUCUCUAUACUCUGUAAAAUCUCUCAAGCAUCAGAGAAGUACCCAGCAGCCACCAAGGUGACAAAUAAGCAUAAAUCAGCCCCAUCUGAAUCUCUCCACUCCCCAGGGAAAGGAUUUUUAAAACCCAGAUCGCAAAGCUAUUUCUUCAGAUCUGCUCCUGAGGACAGGCAAUUGACCAAAAAUGUUGAGGGGGACAGAGAUUGAGAGAAAUAACAAGAGAAUCUGCAGGUUCCUUGAUCCACAAAGGGAAAAUCCCUGAUGUUUUUUGCUGUUUUCAUUCUAGCAAGUGUAUGGUUCCCAGAGAUCCAGGCAGCAGACAGAUGAAAAAGCUCCAGAAUAACUAACACAGGGCUGGAGGAGAGAGGGUUGGGGGUUGCCUAACAAGGACAAGUCACCCAUCAUACUCCCUUCCCCAGAACCAUUUUUCCAACCACUCAUGCCCCAGCAAGAGGCUAGGAAGUAUCCCCUAGAGAGAGGCACUCCCAACAUGGCCCAAUAAUUUUUUUUUAUUUUUAUUUAUUUAUGAUAGUCACAGAAAGAGAGAGAGAGAGAGACGCAGAGGGAGAAGCAACCGGGAGCCCGAUGUGGGAUUCGAUCCCGGAUCUCCAGGAUCACGCCCUGGGCCAAAGGCAGGCGCCAAACCGCUGCGCCACCCAGGGAUCCCAUGGCCCAAUAAUUUAAGUAGAAAAAUUGAGGAGACUCCUGAGGUCAAGCAAGUCCACUAGAGGGAGCCCCGACCAACUCAAUUCUACAUGAAGCCUAGCAAAGGAGUUUCGCAGCACCUGACUGAAAACCAGCCACAGAAGGGAAUAGAGGAAGAGAGGCAAUAAAUUAAGUCCCCGCAAGGGAAGAUGGCCCUGUGAAUUCCCAGUUAAAACCCAGCCCUUUUAGGAUUUACCAAAUCAAAGACUUAAAGACCAGGAAACUAAGGGGUACCUGGGUGGCUCAGUGGUUGAGUGUCUGCCUUUGGCUCAGGGCGUGAUCCUGGGGUCCUGGAAUCAAGUCCUGCAUGGGGCUCCCCACAGGGAGCCUGCUUCUCCCUCUGCCUAUGUCUCUGCCUCUCUCUGCGUGUCUCUCAUGAAUAAAUAAAUAAAAUCUUUAAAAUAUAUAUAAUAAAAACUAGGAAACUGAGGUUGAGCAAAAUUAAACAACUGACCCAAGUUUACGUAACUGGAGGGAGGACUAGAACUCAUGGCUCUUGUCUCCCACUACUACCCUUUCUUCUACAUCUGCAGCCCUUUAUGUCAGCACCCUGGAGUCUGUGGGUCCUCCUCUCCUCUGUGUCUCCUCUCUCCAAACUGAGAAACUCUCUCAGCUGCCUUCUCCUGCAUUUCUUUCGCUCACACACUCUAGAAUACCUCCCUGAGGCCUAAUAAUGGCACUUGCUCAUGAGCCCUAGUGAUGUAAAUCGCCCAAGAUGGCUACUGUCAGCUCUUUUCCUGUUUCAGCAUUUUCCUGUGACAGCAUCGUAUCAGAUAUGGAAAUCUGUAACUUCUCAGUCUCCAGACUUCAGGCAGUGCUACAUGGAAAUGAAGCAUGGCUAACCAGCUCUGAAGCCCUUUCCCCUCCAACUACACUGAGGAUUUACGGAUAGGAGAGAGUGGACUCUCCAGAACCUUGCUGUCUUUUUUUUUUUUAAUAAUAAAUUUAUUUUUUAUUGGUGUUCAAUUUGCCAACAUACAGAAUAACACCCAGUGCUCAUCCCGUCAAGUGCCCCCCUCAGUGCCCGUCACCCAUUCACCCCCACCCCUAAGAACCUUGCUGUCUUAAGCUUUGUGCUUGGCACAUACCACCCUUCUAUGAGCUCCAUGUUUUCCAGUUACCUGGACAACCUUCAGUCUCCAGAAACUCAACCCUGUGGUUCUCAGGCCCGCCCUCGAAGGAUCUUUGUCACCCUGGAUUGGUUCCCAGAACCCAGGCUCCUCCUUGGGCUCCGACGAGGUUGGGUUUUCUCUGUGCCCCUCCCUGUAAGCCGGUCACCCCGCAGGGAGACACAACAGAGGCCAGAGAGGGUCCUUCAGGACAGCAAGGAGAUGCCACCUAAGACCAAAGAAAAAAGGAAGAAAACUGGUGCACAGAAGAAGAAAGAGAAUGCAGGUGCUGAUGUGGAGGUCAAAUACGCACACAGGCUGGCAGUGAUGGAAAAGGAGUUGCUCCAAGACCACUUGGCUCUGCGGAGGGAUGAGGCUCGCAGAGCCAAAGCCUCUGAAGACCAGCUCAGGUGGAGGUUGCAAGUGCUGGAGGCUGAAUUGGAGGAGGCCCGAAGUGAGGGGAAGGCCAUCUAUGCAGAGAUGUGUCGUCAGUGCCGAGCCCUGCAGAAGGAAAUGGAGACCCACAGGAGGCAGCAGGAGGAAGAAGUGAUGGGCCUUCGGAAGAAGCUGGAAGACUGCAAUCGAGGCUCUUGGACCAUUGUCCCCCCUGACUCUCUCACCGUGGAGGAUUGCAGCAGAGGGCUCAAGAUGGCCAAAAUCUCAAAGGUGGAACUAAAGAAACCGGAGAGACUCACGCUGUCUCCCUCUCUCGAUGGUCUCGCCAAACCUGGAUCUUCCUCCCUUCCACUGCCAUGUCUGUCAUGAAAGAAACAUAUUCCUUCUUUUUUUAAAGAUUUUAUUUAUUUAUUCAUGCAUGAGAGACACAGAGAGAGGGGGGCAGUCACUAUAUGGGGAGCCUGAUGUGGAACUCAAUCCCGGGACUCCAGGAUCACACCCUGGGCCAAAGGUAGAUGCUCAACUGCUGAGCCACCCAGGCGUCUCAAAACAUAUUCCCUCUUAGCUGAUGUUUACAAUGCAAACUAAGAAAAGAUAUUUGACUUAUUUAUUUUCAUAUCCUCAAUGCCUUGGGCAUGCCAAGCCCUACAUAAUUACUUGCUAAAUCAAAGAAUAAACCUUUUAGAGAAGCAAAAAUGUAAAGGACAGGAAGUUUUUCCUUUCUCUCUUGGUUACAGGAUAAAGUUGAACUAUCUUAGCACGACACAUAAGAUCUUUCACAAUUGUGACCUCAGAGUUUCCUUAACCUAAAAUAGCCUCAGUUUCUUUCUUUCUUUCUUUCUUUUUACUAGGCGCCACACCCAAUAUGGGGCUCAAACUCAUGACCCUGAGACCAAGAGUCAGCCAGGGGCCCCUAAAAUAGCCUCAGCUUAGCUACAGAUACCCAAGAGUUGCUUAUCUGCCAUGCGGACCCUGAAUUCCUUUCAUAAUCCUUGCCUUAUUUCAAAUUUAAAUUCGAUCAGCAUUUAUGGAGCACCUCCUGUACAUACUAGGUAUUUUUCCCCAUACACUCUCACAUUUAACUCACAAUAAGUCUGUAAGGUUUGUAUCAAUCUCUCUUUAAAGAUGAAGAAACUGAGUCUCAGAGAGAGAUGUACCCAAAGUUACACAGGUAGUAAGUGACAACCAGACUUUGGACGCACAUUUCUCAUCCCAAGCCUACUGCUCUCUCUGCUGUACCUCAAUGGUAUAUGUCAGAUCUUUAUACGAACUAUGGGAAAAUUGAUGAUCCUGGGGGGGGGAGUCUGGAAUGAUCCCAUUCAAGUUCUGCUUUUGAGGUGUCUUUGGAGACUCUGUUCACAAGUAGAAUGUCACUACCCAGUCCCCUUCCUCCUCCCG